AUGAUCUCACUGGUUUCUUUGAUUGCCACAGCCUCGGCUACUAGUACCGUACUCGCCAUGGGCUCCAGCAAGGAUCGACAAGCGGACCGUAAAAAAUCAAUCUAAAAAGGCAUCCGCAACCAAGUCGUCUCGUGCUUCAAAAAGUCAAAAAUCCGCGAAGUCGACGAGAUCUGGAAAGUCGUCCAAAUCUGGACACUUAAGCCGUGGAAAGCCUUCAAAAUCCAAGAAGUCGAAAUCAAAGAGCGUUAGACCUCUUGCAGUCCCCGGAGCACGGGGAGCUCCUAAGUCGGAAUCGAAGAAGCUGAGACGUGACAAGGACAAGUCGUCGAAAUCAGAAAGAUCCAGAAGAUCUUCAAAGUCUAAGAAGUGCGACAAGUCGGCCAAGAAGUGUGACCUGAACAAGGCGAAGAACCUCUGCCCACCGGUCUCAGAUGUUUCCGAUGCGUCCAUCAAAUCAAAUUCUGGGGAGAAGUCCGAGAAAUCGAAGGCUCUCAAAUUGGUUCCCAAUCAGUCGAACUACACAUUCCCGGAGGGACAGGGGACUGCCUCAGUGAAGACAUCCACCCUUCGUGCUUCACCCAACAAGCUGCCAUUCGCAACAACGGGUGGUGUUCAGACAGUUAGCAUCGCGAACAACACCAAGUCGAGAAAGGCGUUUAAGGUCAAAACCUCUGACAAUCUUCUGUACCGUGUCAACCCAGUCUUUGGAUUCGUUGAGCCGGGAGACAAGCUUUCGAUCGAUGUGCUCCGUCACAAUGGUGUUGAGAAGACUGAUCACAUGAUUGUCUUAACAUCCAAUGCUUCAUCAGAACAAAAUUGUGCCAAAGGAGUCUUCGAGAGUGACCAACCACGCGAGCUUACCGUCAUUCCAUUGGUGGUCAACUAG